AUGUCCAACAGCAUACAAUUCUCCAUUCCACGACUCAUCACCACCAAUUAUGAGAAUUGGAACAUCCAGAUGAAGGCAUUGCUAGGCUCCCAAGAUAUUUGGGAGGUUGUUGAAAAGGGAUAUGAAGAAUCCCAAGAUGACCGCGCACAAAUGGUGGCACAAAGAACGGUGCUUGUCGAUCUAAGAAAAAAAGACAAGAAGGCCCUUUAUUUCAUCUAUCAAGGGCUAGAUGAAGUCAGAUUCAAGAAGGUUGCUUGUGCCACCAACUCGAAGCAACCUUGUGAGAUCUUCGAGAAUGCUCAUAAGGGCGUUGAGAAAGUGAAGAAGGUGCACCUCCAAAUGUUGAGAGGCGAGUUUCGGACUUUAAAGAUGAAGGAAGGAGAAUCCAUCUCGGAUUACUUCACUAAAGUUCUCUCUAAUAUAAACCAAAUGAAAAGAAAUGGUAAGAAUGUGGAGGACAAGCGUGUGGUGGAGAAGAUCCUAAGAUCCUUGGAUCAGAAGUUUGACUAUGUUGUGGCUACAAUUGAAGAGUCCAAAUAUGUGGACACUAUGAUAGUUGAUGAACUCAUGGUUUCUCUACAAGUCCAUGAGCAGAGGAUCUUGAUGCGAAAAGAAGAACCCUUGGAGCAAACCUUGAAGUGCAAGCUCACCAUCAAUAAGAAGAAGGAUGGCCCAACUAGCGAAAGCAGUCAAAUAAAUCGCGAACGUUACCAUAAUGAGAAUAACCAAGUGCAUGAGAAGGUCAACUAUGCAAAGAAAGAGGAAGGAGAAGAUGGUAUCUUGCUAUUAGCAGAGAAGGAAGAAGAAGCUUCCAAUGAAAAUAUUUGGUACUUAGAUACCGGCGCAAGCAAUCAUAUGUGCGGGUACAAACACAUGUUCAAAGAGUUAGAUGAGACAGUGGAAGGCAAUAUUUCUUUCGGUGAUACCUCAAAAGUUCAAGUGAAGGGGAUAG